AAAGAAGAUGCUGUCACGUUUGCUGAAAGAGCACCAGGCAAAGCAAAACGAGCGCAAGGAGCAGCAGGAACGACGUCGGCGUGAAGCCAUUACUGCAGCCACUUGCCUUACGGAAGCCCUGGUGGAUCAUCUCAACGUCGGCCGCAGGUGCCGGGCGGCAGCCAUAAAUCCGAGGACUGCCAGAGUGUAAGCCAGCAGCAGAAUCUAGCAGUGAUAAAAGGACGUCGAAACCGAAAAACCAUGGAGUACAUAAUAGGUCGGAGACGGCGGCGGCCGUACAGGGAGCGAGUGUAUCGCCGCCGUAUCUCCUUUUUGCGGAUGACGGAGCAGGACUGCAGAAACACGCUCCACCUGUCCAGGGAGGUGGUGCAACAAAUCUGCCGCAUUGUGGCCACCGACCACCGGCACGACCCGGGCCCCUGCGCUCUCCCGGUGGCUGUCAAAGUUACGGCGGCUCUGUCUUUCCUCGCCGCCGGGUCUUUCCAACACACGGUGGCCUCCGUUUCGGGGCUCAGCCAGGCCGCCGUCGGCGCGGCCGUCCAUGCGGUUUCCUCCAGCCUGGUCCGACACGCGAACGAACAGAUACUCUUCCCGAUGUCACCCGAGAGCCAGAUGAGAACCAAGCAGGAUUUCCUCCUGAAAUACGGACUCCCCGGGGUUCUGGGCGCUAUCGAUUGCACUCACGUGCAGUUGCGCGCGCCGGAUUCCAAAGCUGUCACUUAUGUGAACCGUAAGGGGGUCCACUCCAUUAAUAUCCAGGUGAUUUGUGAUGCCAACUGCCUGGUGACACAUGUGUAUGCCAACUUUCCUGGAUCUGCGCAUGAUUCGUUCAUUCUGGACAAUUCUGUCAUCCCUUCGGUCUUCGAAGGGGACGCCCCCUCGGACGGGUGCCUGCUCGGCGACAACGGCUACCAAUUAAAACCGUGGCUGAUGACGCCCUUUGCUCCGCCCACGACCAAAAGGCAGCGCGCUUACAACCAAAUUUUUGGCCGUGCCAGGUCGGUCAUCGAAAGGACGCUCGGUCUCCUCAAAAUGCGCUUCCGGUGUCUGGAUCGAUCGGGUGGGACGUUACAGUACAGCCCGAAGAGUGUCAGUGCGUUUUUCGUAGCUUGCUGUGUUCUGCACAACAUCGCUACACGCCACGGGUGUCACUUUGACCUCUCAGAGGAGACGUUACACGAAUUAAGACGGAGGGAGGCGGAACUGCAUGUGCCGUUUCGCCAUGGAGAUCUGCAGAGUGGACAGGAGAGGAGGGACCGCCUGGCUGCGAGCCUGACUCAUGAAUGAGCCCACAUGUGCCUUACCGGGCUCGGGGCUGGAUGUGGCGCUGCAGUUGGUGUGUGCAAGCGAAACGCCACCCGCUGGAGAUCCGGUGUGAUGGUCUGAGCGCUCCCCCGUGCUGAGAAAUCCCCUUGGGAUUCAUGCGUGUAGAAUUUUUUGGAAUUUUUCUACUUCCAUGCCAGUCUGAAACUUCCCCAUCUAUGCUUCUUCCGCGUGUUCACUUUUGCUCCGCGCGCAUUUCGUCUCACAAAGCCGAACCCGGUGAAUGAAAGCGCUGCAUGCCGGUGACGAUAUAAGCGGUCACUCACAUUUGACGGGCGCUCGCAAAUCUGCACAGUCGAGCACGAAAAAUCACGCACGGAAAACGUGUCGAAAAAAAUGGAUAUUGAAAGAGGUCGCUUAUUUUGUGUAGUCUUGACAUUAAUUUACAUGUUUAGUUCAUAAUCAAGCCUGCUCCAAAACAACCAGGAAACAGGAAAUGCAAGUUAACCGUACUGAGCAUGUACGGAAGUUAGGCCGAAAGCGCGAGAGCAUUCACUUAAAGGCGCGUUCUAGCAAGCCAGCCUCCUAUUUACGGCAGUCCCGUGGUGCGUGACCCCCCCCCACACACACACAACAAUAUGUCAAAUGCUUUUUCCAAUGUAUCGCUAGCUUGUUGCCACGUACGCCAAUUAUGUUGACGUAAACUUUCAGCAUUUUCAAGGCAUAGAUAUUCCUUGACAGGCCAGCGCAUUAAACUUUUCUUCAGAUGAAGUUCGUCCGGUGAAGAAUUUUUAUCGAUGAGAAAUUUUAAAUACCGUUUUACAUCGUGUUCUACUAAUAUCAGUUGAAAUUGGAAAUGAUCAUUUCUGAGUUUGAAAUUCUAGCCAUGUAUUUGUUUAUUUUUUUUGUUUUUUAUUUAGAGUUAUGUUAUAUUAAUCCAGUAAGUUAUUUUAAGGCCAUCCCUAAUCACACCUGCAACGUUAUCUGCGAGCAUGACUGACCACACCUGUACAUUUUUCAAAGGUGAGGUAAUUUCAGCGCGUGAAAAUGAUGUGACACUUACUUUCACUAUCCCAAAUGCGCCUUAAUCACCGAGCCGGAACAAUCCCCUGUUGAUUCUUGUUCAAUGCUGGAAUGUGCUUUCCAGUGGAUAAAUGACGAACAAUACGUUCGCAUUUGUUUCUGUAUUCUUUCCUUCGCUGUGUUUCGGCUUUGUGAGACGUCCACAGCGAAAUGCGCGCGGAUCGAAAAUGAACACGUGGAAGAAGCACGGAUGGGGAAGUUUCAGACUGGCACGGAAGUAGAAAAAUUCCCAACAAUUCAAAACAUUCCACGCUCCUGCGCAUUAACCCGAAGAAGACCUUUCAGCACUGGGAGCGCUCAGACCGUCACACCGGGAACACGGCGUUCUCCCACGGUCGGACCCGGUCACUCCACCGCGUUCGUCAGUCCCCACGUCGUCUUCAUCCUCCUCCACCUACGUGGCUCGGGACACCCUGGACUUUGCAUAAAGACAUUCAGCAGAAUGAUCUCACUACUUUUUAGUGAGCUUUUGAUGAUGUGCCAAUAAAGUCUUUCCACGUUCUGCA